AUGGCAGGACGGUCUUUUCAACACCUUCUUAGCUUUCUUAUGCUUUUGCUGCUAUGUGCCAAACCUGGCCUGGGGAAUGUUACUGGGUGCAUAGAGAGGGAGAGACAAGCUCUCCUUCACUUCAAACGUCGCCUUGUCGAUGACUAUGGCCUUCUUUCUUCUUGGGGAGAUGAACAUGACAACAGAAAUUGUUGCAACUGGAGAGGAGUCCAGUGUAGUAACCAGUCAGGUCACGUCAUCAUGCUUCAUCUUCAAGCCCCUUGGUCUGAAAAUACUUGGGAGUACCAGUCUCUAAGAGGUGAGAUAAGUCCUUCACUGCUUGAAUUGGAGCAUUUGACUCAUUUAGAUCUCAGCUGUAAUGAUUUUGAAGGGAGGCACAUACCUCCAUUCCUUGGUUCCCUCAGCAGAAUGCAGUACCUCAAUCUCUCCAGGGCCAAUUUCUCUCAAACUGUUCCCACUCAACUGGGAAAUCUUUCCAACUUGCUUUCCCUUGACCUCAGCCGUAGUUAUUAUGAGUUGAAUUCUGAGAGCCUGGAGUGGCUUUCUCGUCUUUCUUCUUUAAGACUCCUUGACCUGAGUUCUGUCAACCUUAGUGAAGCCAUCCACUGGUCACAAGCAAUUAAUAAACUCCCUUCUCUCAUUCACUUGGAUUUACAAAAUUAUGGUCUCCCUCCCAUCCCUCCACUCACCAUUCCGUCUCUUUCCCAUGUGAAUUCCUCUAUCCCUCUUGUUUUCGUUGAUCUCUCUUCGAAUCAUCUCACUUCUUCAAUAUACCCAUGGCUGCUCAACUUUAGUACCACCCUCCUUCAUCUUGAUCUCUCUUUCAAUGAUUUAAACGGUUCAAUUCCGGAAUAUGCUAUUGGGAACAUGAGUUCCCUUGAAUAUCUUGAUCUCUCUAGGAAUUAUCUCACUUCUUCAAUAUACCCAUGGCCGCUCAACUUUAGUACUGCCCUCCUUCAUCUUGAUCUCUCUUUCAAUGAUUUAAACGGUUCGAUUCCGGAAUAUGCUUUUGGGAAGAUGAGUUCCCUUGAAUAUCUUGAUCUCCACAAGAGUGAACUUGAUGAUGAAAUUCCGGAUACAAUUAGAGACAUGGGUUCGCUUGCAUAUCUUGAUCUCUCUGGCAAUCAACUGCGGGGCUCAAUUCCAGAUACAGUUGGGAAGAUGGUUUUACUUUCACAUCUUGAACUCUCUUACAAUCAACUGCAGGGCUCAAUUCCAGACACAGUUGGGAAGAUGGUUUUACUUUCACAUCUUGAUCUCUCUCGCAAUCAACUGCAGGGCUCCAUUCCAGAUAUAGUAGGGAAGAUGGUUUUACUUUCACAUCUUGAUCUCUCUCACAAUCAACUGCAGGGCUCCAUUCCAGAUGCAGUUGGAAACAUGGUUUCUCUUGAAAAACUCUAUCUCUCUCAGAAUCAUCUUCAAGGUGAGAUUCCAAAAUCCUUGAGUAAUUUAUGUAACUUACAAGCAUUAGAGUUGGAUAGAAACAAUCUCUCUGGACGGCUUGCACCAGACUUUGUGGCCUGUGCAAAUGACACAUUAGAGACUCUGUCCUUAUCGAAUAACCAGUUCAGUGGAUCAGUUCCUGCUCUCAUUAGAUUUUCAUCCUUGAGAAAGACUGCAACUCUUGUUCUUGCCAUAUUGGCAUGGUUGAAUGCAAAUCGUUGUGUCCUUCCUUCUAUGUUAUAUCUUGGGAUGUAA